AUGGCCACUGGGAAGAACCACAGCUCUGGGGAGUCCUCCAAAAGCUGGCAUGGGUUCCAGAGAUCUCUGCUGGCACCUGGCCAGGAGAAGCUGGACAGAGAAGCAAAGGAGCCUCUGACUGAGAUAUCUGAGGGCAUGGAGCAGAGCCUGGCUGGCAGUCAGGAGAGGAAGCUGCCACGGAUCAUCCAGAAGCAGGGCAAGCCUGAGGAGAGGAGGCUGCCCCUGCUUCCCCAGCUUCCAGACAUCAGUGCUGUCUCCCAUCCCAAGGUCUCCUCAGCUGGCCUGGGCUGGAGCUGCUUUGAGCCUUUCCCCCCAGAGGUGGUGUUCCAGGGCUACGUCCCCCACCAGGUCUAUGAAGCAUCACUGGUCCUGAGGAACAAGGACAAGGUGCCUCGGCAGGUGAAGGUCACCCUGGAGAGCUCUCCCUACUUCAAGCUGCUCAGCCCCAGGGCUGUGUGCCCCAAGGUGGCUCCUGGCAUGCUCUCAACUUUCCGUGUCCUCUUCACCCCUGAGGAGAGCAAGGAUUAUUGCCACCAGCUGCUCUGCAUCACCGAGAGGGAGAGGUUCACUGUGCCCAUUCGAGCUGUGGGUGCCCAGGCUGCCCUGGACUUCCCCCAGCAGCUGGAGUUCUCCCUCUGCCCAGUCAGGCACAGGACCCAGAGGACUCUGCUGCUCCGCAACCUGGGCCAGCGGGAGGCUCACUACAGCAUCAGCACUCAGAGCCCAUUCUCUGCUGCCCCCUCCAUGGGAGCCCUGGGGGCUGGUGGUGCUGUGCAGGUGACUGUGGACUUCCUGCCCCUGCAGACUGGGGACCACCAUGGGGUCCUGACCCUGCACUGUGACACAGGUGGAGAUAUUCACACCAGCCUCCAUGGAACAGCUCAAGAAGUCAACAUCAGGCUGGACAGGAGCUGCUUGACAGUGGAGAAGACCUACCUGACACUGUCCAAGCACAGAACUGUGCUCAUCCACAAUGGCAGUGAUGUGAUAGCUCACUUCCAGUGGAAGGCUUUUGCUGAGCAGGAGGAGCAGCAGAAGCAGAGGCAGUGGAGACAGCAUCAGUGCCUGGGGGAUGGUUCCAAGGAGCAGCUGGUGGAGCCUGCUCUCCCUCCCCUGCCCUCCCACACCUUCCAGAAGCAGAGGGUGAAGGUGCAAGGAGACUCCAUGCUCAUCUCUGAGGGCAUCUUCACCAUUCAGCCUGUGGAGGGAGAGGUGUGGCCAAACUGCUCAGCUGAGAUCCAGGUGACCUUUCAGCCCCAGGCAGCCAGAGUCUAUGAAGCAAAGCUCUACUGUGACAUCUCAGGUCGUGAGACCAGGCUGCCUCUGCACCUCAGGGGGGAAGGCCUGGGGCCCCUGCUCUGCUUCAACUUUGACCAGCUGGAUGUUGGGAAGGUAUUUGUUGGAGCAACCAACAGCUACAAGGCCACCUUGCUCAACAGAGGCCCCAUCGAGGCUUUCUUCAGCUUGGACCCUCCAGCUACAGCUCUGGGCUCCUGCUUCACCUUUCUGCCCUGGCAGGGCCUCCUGUUGCCAGGUGGGCUCCAAGUCAUCCACAUCUCCUUCAGGUCCACCAGCCUGGGGCACUUCACAGAGGAAUUCAGCUUCAAUGUGAAAGGAUCUCCUGAGCCUGUGACCCUGACUAUCAGGGGCUGUGUCACUGGACCCACUUUUCACUUCGACGUCCCUUCCCUCCGCUUCGGGGAUGUCUCCUUCGGCUUCCCUCAGAGCCUCUGCUGUCGCCUCACCAACACCUCCCUGGUGCCCAUGGCCUUCACCCUCCGCGUGCCCGGGGAUGGCACAGGAGAGCCCAGCGUGCCCAGUGCUGCCCAGGUGCUGGACAACACUCACCCAUCCUGGAGGAAGAGAGCCAAGGGGCACCUCAAGGAGUUCACCAUCAGCCCUUGCAGAGGCACCAUCCGUGCCCUGAGCUUCAUGGACAUCCAGGUCACCCUGUGCUCCAACACUGUGGGCACCUAUGAGCUGGCACUGGUGGUGGACGUGGAUGGUGUGGGCCAGGAGCUGUUGUCACUGCCUCUCACAGCCAGGUGUGUGGUCCCUGCUGUGACUGUGCCCAGUCCUGUGGUGCCCUUUGGCCGCUGCUACCUGAAGCUCCCUGCCCAGCAGCUGCUGACCCUGGUGAACGACAGCGACCUGCCAGGCUGCUAUGGGCUGCUGCCUCAGGCACUCCAGGAGGAUGCUGCUGUGCUCUACUCCAGCCCCAUGCCCUGUGGCAUCAUUCAACCUCACAGCUCCCUGGAGGUGCCCCUGACCCUGGAAGCCCAGGUGCCAGGAGAGCAGGACACUGUUGCCCAUGUGGUGAUGUUUGGGUGUGCAGAGUCCCCUGUGGAGAUCCAUUUGGUGAGCAUUGGAGAGGGCCCAGUGGUCUCUGUGCAUCCCAAGAGGAUCCAUUUUGGCAGCAUCCAAGUGCUGCAGGAUGCCUCCCAGAGCCUGCACCUCUGCAAUCAGAGCCCAAUCCCUGCACCCUUCUGGGCACAGGUGGCUGGCAGAGGCUCGUGCUGGAGGGUGGAACCAAGCCAAGGAGUGAUCCCCCCCGAGGGAGAGGUGGCUGUGGCUGUCAUAGCCAGGCUGGCUGACACGGGGCAGUGCCAGGCCGAGGUGCAGCUGCUGGUGGAGCACAGCCAUGGCUGUGCCAUCCCCCUCCAGGCCCUCGGUGUCGGCACCACCAUCGUCCCCGACCGGCCCUUGGCACCCGAGCUCAGCCUGGGCACUCACCUCAGCCUGGCUCCCUGCUGCUACAGCUUCAAGAUAACCAACCGGGGCCGCCGCCCCCAGCAGCUCUUCUGGACCACGGGAGGCUGCUCCCUGCCUGCCCAGCGCCGGCGGCUCCCUGCCGGCAGCACCACCAAGAGCAGAGCUUCCCCCCGAGGCCCCGCGGCUCCCCGCCCUGUGUUUCAGCUUCGGCCAGCGAGGAUGGAGCUGAGCCCAGGCCAGACGAUGGAGGUGGUGCUGGAAGGCUUCUCCAGCACUCCCCAGGUGGUGAGAGAGCAGCUGCUGUGCCAUGCUGUGGUGGGCAGGGAGGCCAGGAGGACCCAGAUCAUGCAGGUGGCCAUCAGCUGCCAGUUCAUUGCUCCUGCCCUGCAGAUGUCCUCCACAGCAGUCAUGUUCCGGGUGGAGAAGGCACCAGGUGAUGUCCUGAGCCCUCAGUACCAGCCUCUCUCUUUGAAGAACAUCUCCUCCCUACCACUCAGCAUCAUCCUGGCCUUGGAGCAACCUUUCUCAAUCUCUGAUGUGGAUCUGCUGCCCUUCCCUGGUCAGCCCAUGAAGCUGGAGGCAGGGGAGGAACUUCACCUCUGCAUCAGCUUUAACCCUGCUUAUUCAGAGGGUUUGAGUACCUGGCAAGUGGAGCAGGCUCUGAGGAUCCAGUUCCUUGAGCACCCUCACAAGGAGCAGGUGAUGGUGCGGGGAGAAGUCUACUUCCCCAACCUGCACUUCCAGACCAUGGCUGUGGACUUUGGCUGCAUCCUGAAUGACACCGAAGCUGUGCAGAGCCUGGAGAUGACCAACUGCAGCCCACUGCCUGUCCACUACUGCUGGCUGCUGCAUGCUGGAGAACAUCUGUUCUCUUCCAGGUGCAGCCUCCCAGCUCCCAAAUCCUUCAUCCAAGCCCAAGCAGCACAGGAGGAGGCAGCCUGCUCAGAGUGCUCAGCAUCUGCAGGGAGCUGCUCCCACGAGGGGGAUGUGGAGGAGCCAGCCCAAGGCCUGGCAGCAGCAGGGGAUCCUGCCCAGGAGCCAGCAGGUGCAGAUGACUCCCUGGAAGCAAAGGUGUUCGAUGUGCUGCCACUGCACGGGCUGCUGCAGCCAGGCCAGAGCCAGCAGGUCACCUUCAGCUUCUUUGGCCACCCCAACAUUGUGGCCUGUGCCACAGCCCUCUGCAGGGUGCAGGGAGGCCCCAGCUACGAGGUCAGGCUGAGUGGGGAGGCCUCACUCAUCAGCUACCUCCUGGACCCCACAGAGCUGGACGUCGGGCUGCAGCUGUGUGAUGUGGUGAUGGAGGCAGAGGUGACCCUGCAGAACAGAGGGAAGCUGCCCUUCACCUUCGUGGUGCUGAGCCCCAGCAGGGCAACUGCCCACAGCCCCCUGCCUGGUGUGCCCCUGGUGGUGCCCAGCACGGGCUGCCUUGGAGCUGGCCAGCAGCAGGUGCUGAGAGUCUCCUACCUGCCAGGAGUGCCUGGGGUCUUCUGCAAGACUUUCCAGAUCCAAGUGGGUCACCUGGAACCUGCAGCAAUCUCCCUGAAGGGAGAGGGAAGCUUUCCCAGGAUCUACUUAGACCUGCCCAGGAACAUCCAAGGAAAUGAAAAGUAUGAGAAGGUCCUCAAAGAGGUGAAGGAAAAGAUGGCAAAGGGCAGUGAGAGAGAUGGAGCAAUUGUCCUGGGGGAGGCUGCAGCCACAGAGCCACCCCCAGAGGACUUGGACACCAUGCUGGAGCCUGGGCUGCAGAUGCAGCUGGAGGACAUCCUGAUCAGGCAGCACCUCCUGGAGCAGCAGCAAACUGGGGCCUGGAGCACCCCAGAGGGAGCUGCUCCUGAGCACUGUGCCCCACAGAGGCUUCUCAAAGCUUUCCUCCCUGAGCACAUCCUGGACUUCGGCUGUGUGGCUCUUGGCAGUGUCCCCACGCACGUGGUGAGGGUCACCAACACAGGGCAGCUGCCUGUGUCCUUCCACAUCAAGGCACAGGUCCUGAGUGGCACAGGCUUCAGUGUGGACCUGGAGCGCGUGAAGCAGCUUCCCUACUGCCAGACCAGGACCUUCCAAGUGUGCUUCAACCCACAAAGGGACAGCCUGGCAGAGGUGGAGGUGCUCCUGCCCAUCAAGGUGGCAGCAGGCCCCACGUUUCGUGUCCUGCUCCGUGCCAGGGUGGUUGUCCCAUCCCUCAGCAUCUCCAGGGACAGGCUGGAGUUCUCCAGUGUCCAGUGUGGGCAGUGCCAGGAAGAGACCAUCAGGCUCCACAAUCAGCACCCAGUGCCCUGCCAGUGGUUCCUCAGCAGGGAGGAGCCUGCUCAGAAAGUGGACAAGCAUUUACCAGGCAGCAGACAUGGGAAGGUGCUGCAGCAGCUGAAGGCCAAGGGCUGUGUCUUUGAGGUGCUUCCCUCAGCUGGAGUCCUGGCCCCUGGGCAGUGGUGCAACCUGCAAGUCAGGUUUUACCCCAUGGAAGAGAAGCCCUACAGAAGCAAGCUGAGGAUCAGCCUUGGCCAGGGCACCCAGCACCUCCAGCUGCUGCUCUCGGGGAGAGGGCUGGAGCCACGCCUGGAGUUCCAGCCUGAAGUGCUGGACCUGGGGCCAGUGCUGCCAUCCAGCCCUGGGGCAGAGGGGACAGUGGUGGUGAGCAACCCUUGUGAGUUCCCCAUCGAGUUCUACUCCUUGGAGUUUGACCAGCAGUACCUUGCUGAGGAGCAGAUCCUGAGGGAGCUGGAAGGCUUUGUCUGCCACAGGACCUUGCUGCUUCCUCCCCGUGCCCCAGGGGAGCAGCUGCCUCCAGAGCUGUUGGAGGCCUCUCAGGGCCAGCAGAGGCUGCAGGAGGAGCAGACCAAGCCCAAGCCUGAGGAGCCAAGAGCCCAGGACAAGGGAGCUGCAGUCCCGUGGCGCGGAGGCAUCGUGGUCAUCGUCCAUGGGGCACCCCUGGCAGGCAAGACGUCGGCAGCCGCCGCCCUGUCGAAGCGCUACGGCGCUGCCUGCCUCUCGCUGGAGGCUGCGCUGAGCCAGGCGCUGGCGGCCGGCAACGGCGGGGCCGGGCCGAGUGUCCGGGAGCUGGGCACCGCCGCUGCCAGCCACAACAGCCAGCAGCAGCCAGAGGAUGGCCGUCCAAGGGAAGCUGGCUCCCUGGGGCAGCAGUGCAGUGCCAAGGCCAUGCCCAGCUCCUCCCUGAGCCUGGCCAGCUCUGGGGACAAGGGCAGCCAGCGGCCACUCAGCUCCAGAGGCCAGGCCAGAGCCACGGCGGGCAGGGGGAAGGCAUCAGCUGAGAGACAGCUUCCAAUGGAGUCUUCAGGCUCCCAGGCACAGCGCUGGCUGAGCCCCGGUGAGAGCACAGCAGCAGAGCUGGGCCCCAGGAGCUGCCUGCUGCCUGAGGACCUGCUGGUGGCCAUCCUCUCUGAAAGGCUGCAGCUGAGUGACUGCUGCCAGGGAGUGGUGUUUGAUGGCCUGGAGACCUCCUUUGCCAGCAGCAUGGCCUCUGCUCUCCUCUGCCUGCUCAAAGCUGUUGGAAACUGCCCUCACAUCUAUUUUGUGAACCUGUUCCAGGACUAUGCCUCUUGGCAAGCCAGGCAGAGAGCUGCAGAAGAGCUGCAAGGACUGCAGCAGGAAGCAGCAGCCAGGAGGGAGGAAGCACAACUCUGGGAGCUGGGUGAGGAUGAGUAUGAAGCCCUCACGGAGGAGAAGAAAACUCAGCUGGAGGGCAGGAUCCGACAGCUCCAGCGGGACAGGAAGCAGAGGUCUGACAAACAGAGCAAGGAAGAGGAAGAGAAGCAGAGCAAGGAAGAGGAGGAGAAGCAGAGCAAGGAAGAGGAGGAGAAGCAGAGUAAGGAAGAGAAGAAGCAGGGCAAGGAAGAGGAGGACAAACAGAGCAAGGUUCCCCUGGCAGAUACCUGCUCACAGGUGGCGAUGCAGCCCUCAGAGCCAGAACAGGAGGAAAACGAAGGCAAAGCCCAGAGCGAGAGUGAGAAGGACUUGGCCCUGAGGUUUAAGGCUUAUGAGGCAUCGCAGAAGGACGUGGCACACAUUCUGUCGUGCUGGGACAGGGUGCAGGGUGUGCUGCUGGCCCCUUCAGGCCCAGAGGAGAGGCAGCAGCCAGUAGCAGAGCAGCGCCGGCGUCUGUCCAGCCGCAGGAGCAGGAAGGGCAAAGAGCAGGAGCAGCAGGAGAGGCUGCAGAAAGAGCACCUGGAGAAGGAGAAGCUGGAGAAACUGAAGCCUCUGGAGCUGGAAGGAGGAGGUGCAGCAGGCUCAGGCAGGAGCCAUGCUGUUGGGGUGCCCUGCUUGGCCGUCGAGGUCCUGAGCUGUGAAGAUGUGACGAGGACAGUCCUGGAGAGCAGCAAGCUGCCAAGGGCAGAGCAGGUCCUGGAUGAGCUGGGCCUGGGUCCCUCAGGGCCUCCCAUCCCCCCCACUGCUUUCUACUCUGUGGUUCACUACCCAGCCAAGAGGGAAGGGCCUGCAGCAGAAGCCCUCCAGCACUUCACCUUGGUUGUGCCAGCAGCUGCCACAGUGCCAGAAGAGAAGGAGGAUACCAAAAGUGUGGUGGAUGCCCCCUCUGUGCCCACAGUGAAGACCUCAGAGGAGCAGGGCACCCCUGCCAGGGGCCUUUCGAGGAGGGAGAGAGCCACUAGGAGCCAGGAGGCUGUGAGGAAGAAGCAGAGCUCUGGCCAUGGCAGGAGAGAUCUCCAGAGGCCACCCACAGGACCCCCCAGACCUUCCCCUGAGGGGCACCACAGCCGGGUGGGCACUGUGCCACCCCCGGGGGGCUCUGCCAGGAGGAGCAGCUACCGCUGGGUAGUGCCUGCCCAGGGCCAGCUGAGGCUGCAGAUCCACUUCAGCUCCACAGUGCUGGGCCAGUUUGAGCAGAGGCUGCACUUCGAGCUGCUGGGCACAAAGAGACUCUACCAGCUGCACUGCAGGGGCUCCUGCCUGUACCCCACCAUCAGCCAGGAGCCAGGGGUGGUGUUUCCUCGCUGCAGGAAGAGCAAAGCAGCUGAUGCCAUCAUCUUCAAGGAGUAUGUGCUGAGCACUGGGGUCUUCCACUUUGGGCCACUGCUGUGUGGCAAGUCAAGAGCCUGGUACAAGGCUCUGCAGCACCCCAGCAACUGUGAGAAGAUCUCCAUCCUCAAUGCCACCCCCCUGGAGGCAGAGGUGAGCUUCUCCUUUGAGAGGGAUGGCAAAGCAGACACCUUCCUCUUGGAGCCUCCCAGCAUGAAGCUGAAACCUAAGGAGAAGCAGGAGCUGAGCCUCUGGGCCUACCCCACUUCAGCUGGCCUGGUGGAGGACAGCCUCAUCUGCAGCAUCAAGGACAACCCAGAGCCAGUGGUCUUCCACCUGUGCUGCCAAGGGGUGCAGGUGGAGCUGGGGGUCAGCCCCAAGCAGCUGCAUUUCAGCAAGGUGCUGCUGCACAG